AUGACUAAAGUUAUAACUUCUGUGAUAGUUAUUACAGCUGGGUUAUUUAUGGCUUCAUAUUUGAUCGGUUUUAGUCCAUCUAAAAAUUUGGAGCUUGAGUCUAAGUUCGAAGGAUUCAUCAAUGAGUACACUCCUGUCUAUACUAAUGAUGCUGAGUACGAUUACAGACUAGGAGUCUUUGCCGAGAACAUGAAGAUUGCUGAAGAACUCCAAGAAUCCAAUCCUAUGGCUAAAUUCGGAAUCACCCCAUUUUCUGACAGAACUCCCGAAGAAAUGCAACAGAUGAUGGGAUUCAGCCAGGAACUUCAGGAUGCCCUUGAUCAAGAGCAACAGCAAGCCUCCAACAGCAAUUGGUUGGUCGAGCGUUGGUUCCGUAAAUCUCACGACUUGACCAAGAGCAAGAACUGGAAUGACAAUUUCCACCCCGUACAGAAUCAGAGGCAAUGUGGAUCUUGCUGGGCGUUUGCAACCACUGCAGUGCUGGAAGCUCACAGAAGAUUAAGAGGCUUUGGUAACGAGAAGCUUUCUGAACAACAGCUUGUUGACUGUGAGCCUGCAACUCAUGGAUGCAAUGGUGGAAUCUCAGCUUAUGCUUAUGGAUGGUACAAAGAUAAUGACGCUUGCAAACUUAGUGAUUACCAUUACAUUGGUGUAGAUAGUACUUGCAAGAGCGAUAGAUGCUCUCCCCUUGGUGUACACGACGAAGUCCACGGAGCCGGAUGGGUUUUGAGUGGAGAACCAGGUAUCCUUGAUAGAAUCCAGAAUCACGGUCCUGUCACUGUUGCUGUAGAUGCGACCCUCUGGAGUUCCUAUCAAUCUGGAAUUAUAACAGGUGGCUGUUACAGGAGUGGAAUUAACCAUGAAGUGGUUGUAACUGGGUUCCAGAGCCAUCAUUCCUACCCACACUAUAUUAUCAGAAACUCUUGGAGUGAGACAUGGGGAGAGAAAGGAAUGGUAAGGAUUCAUUAUGGAAACCAGGUCUGCGGCAUUAACAGAUAUUCUUUCUAUCCAGUCAUGAACUAAAAGUUGUAAAAACUCUUGUCAAA